AAAACUUUCUAUUAAAAUGAGGUCAUCACAUCAAAUGACCCAUGAUGAGUCUCUUUAAUCUUCAAAAAGUUUUUUGAAUUUAUGUGUUGUUGUUUUGAAACAAAUUCCCCGACUCCACUCAGCAUACUUAUUUUCAGUAACUUCCAAAUAUGUCUGUCACGAAUGUAAGUAACAUUAUCAUAUUUCAUAUUUCAUAUUUUUGUAUUUUGAACGUGUAAAAACCUCCUUCACAAAUAACUGUUUUUAACUACCAAUCCACUCUCUCUCCUAGUUCUUGUUUUCACUCUCUCAGACUCCAUAACAUGCCCUCUUCUUCCUUCUCUUCCAAAACCCUAACUCCAAACCUGAUAUUUACCAGAAAUGACUCUACCACCAGAGUGUCCCUUUCUUCCGACUUUUCCCCAAAAACCCUCUCAAAAUUACACCCAACCCUUUCCUCCAAACCCAGAACAACCACCUCUUUCAAAGUCCUCGCUUCAUCAAACCCCACGAACCCAUCUUCAUCUUCAUCUCCCUCAAAAACUCUAAUUUCAAUCCUCCGUGCCAUACCAGACUGGGCCGACCGAAUCAAAGAGCGCGGAAUGCGACAGAACCGAACCCUUUACAACCACGAGAAAUGGGUUGACCACAGAAGCUCGCUCCGCCAUGUCCGCCACUUUCUCUCGAGCCUGUCGUCCCGAGUCAUCCUUUCAUUGAUACCACCGGUAAUAGCAUUCACGUCGGUAGCAGCUGUCAUUGCGAGCUAUAACUCUGUGGUUCUGAUGCAUUGGUUGCCGGAGUUUUUCCCUGUGUUGAGGGCCUCAUCGCUACCGUACCAGCUGACUGCGCCGGCAUUGGCGCUACUGUUGGUGUUCCGAACGGAGGCUUCGUAUUCGAGGUUCGAGGAAGGGAGGAAGGCUUGGACUAAAGUGAUUGCAGGGACGAAUGAUAUGGCUAGACUGGUGAUUACAGCGGUGAAGAGUUCCUCCGAUGCGCAGCUCAAAAAGGCGCUUUUGCAGUACAUAAUGGCAUUCCCGGUUGCCCUUAAGUGCCAUGUGCUUUACGGUUCGGAUGCUGAAGGAGAUCUCCAGAAUUUGCUUGAAAGAGAUGAAUUGGCGGUGGUUCUGAAUUCAAAACAUCGGCCUCGCAGCAUUAUUCAGUUCAUCUCACAGAGCUUGCAAAUGCUGAAGUUGGAAGAAGCAAAGAGAAUUACGUUGGAAUCAAAAAUCUCUUGUUUUCACGAAGGAAUUGGUGUUUGUGAACAGCUCAUUGGCACUCCAAUCCCUUUAUCAUACACUCGCUUGACUUCAAGAUUUCUUGUCCUUUGGCAUCUAACUCUCCCUAUCAUACUUUGGGAUGAUUGCCACUGGAUUGUGGUUCCUGCUACUUUCGUUAGUGCUGCUUCUUUGUUCUGCAUAGAAGAAGUUGGUGUUCUUAUUGAAGAACCAUUUCCGGUGCUUGCCCUAGAUGAUCUCUGCAACUUGGUUAGGGAGAACAUUCAGGAAGCCGUGGCAAGUGAAAAACGAAUUCGGGCUGUGCUAAAUGCUAAAAGAAAUAUCUACUCGGAGCAACAUUCUUCCAAUGGGCAUCCUAAUUUGUAGUUGGGUGGUAUGAUCAUACAGAAAUUUUUGCACAACUUCACGGCGUAUGCUUAUGUGUUUUUGAGUAUUACACUCGGGCAAAGCUUGUGAAUAAUGAUCAUUUGAUCCAUUUAACAAAACACAAAUAUUAUCGAGUUUUAUCAAUUGAAUGUGGUAGAUACAUUACAUAAACGAACAAGAAAUCCUGUGUAAAUACUAUAUUUUCUCUGUACAUAAAUGGUUAUAUGCUAAAUGAAAUUGUAACCUCGUUUGA